AUGUGUUCCACUGCAUCCCCAUUUAAAAGAAAUAACACCUCCUUUGCCGAAAUAGGCUUGCCUGAAAAGCUCCAGAAGAAGUUUACGUUUGGUCACCCUAAAAACUACAACUGGUCACCGCGCCGUUGCCACUCCCACGCCGCGCAACUUCCGCCUUCCCACGCCGCGGCACAACUCGCGGCGACCUCCACGACUGGCCAGAGAAGUUCAGCAGCCCAGGUGCCACGCCGCGGCACUUCAGUCCCUUCACGCCGCUGCACUUCUCUCCCUCACGCCGUGACCACCGUCGCGCCACGCCGCGGCAGGCUUCGCGCCACGGUGUCUGAUCUUGUGAAUGCUGAAACUGUUCGCUAUUAUGCCGACUUAGACGCUGUGCAACACGCUCUAAACUGGGUUUAUGCCGGCUUAAUCCAUGCCACGACUGAGCUGAACAAAGAUUGGCAAUCCUAUCAUGUAAGAGAUCAAGUCCGUUUCAGCUCAUCAACAAGGAGAGAACAUUCUGACGGCAGUAAUGAGUCACCAAACAUAAUCGCCCCUGAGAAUGAUGGAGGCAUGGUUGAUGAUCCAUCUGUAUCAACAAGCUGCAGAUGCAUAAGACAGAUCAGAAGAGGACAUAUGAAUUAA